AGUGGGGCUAUCUUUACAUAAUGCAUUUUUACCCUUCAUAUACAAUGUAACAAUGUAAUGCAAUGUAGGGUAAUUGUACAGCGUUAUAUCGAAUCAGCGCUAAACGGGGCAGCGUUGAGCGGGGUAUUACUGUAUUUUAAACUUACAAUAGAUUUCACGGUUUGUAUAAGUAUAUUUCAGAUUAUGAGAUUGAACAUUUAAUUUUUUCCAAAUAGGGAUAAACGGGUCCACAUCGGAAAACUAAAACCAUAUCAUCCUAAGUAAUUCCUGAUUUAAUUAAAAUUUCAAAACGCAAAAUGGAAAUCUGCAAAAUUUUCAUCUUUUUUCUCCUUAUGAUAAUCGGGGGAUUUGUGAAUAAUGAAAUUUUAAAUUAUCCGAUUAUUUGGAGAAAAUCAAACCACUAUAUCUCCACGCAAUUGAUAGAAGCGGAUAUUCUGAUCCAUCUAGAAUCACCAUGUGACAUCUUGGAUCAGAUUACAACAACUAACGAUUCGAAUAUCAUUGGACUGAUGGCAGAUUACGACUGGUAUGAUUGUCAACGGUCGUAUGCGAGAAUCACCAGUCCACUGAUUUUUUAUUGUCCAGCUCCAUCACAACCAAGAAAUCAUAAUAUCGGAAAACGAAAUGUUCUCAGUUUCGCCUACUCGGUUGUAAAAGUAGCAUCAUCCAUGGUAUUCAAUUUCUUACAACCACAGACAAGUAUACAAGUUACACCCGUGGAACAAUUGAAGAAAGUGUUGGAGAAUCAGCAAUUGGCCACCAUGCUGAAGACAAAAUUCAGUGAGACAGGACGACUUCUAAACGCUAUGCUUGAUCCCGACAACAAAGAUUUCACCAUCCAACUGGAACGGUUAUUCCCGAAUAUAACGUUGGGGCCAAACGCCCCGAAACGAUAUUGGCACUUGGAAGGAUGCCAAUUCGAAAAAUUGUUUGGCGCCAAUUACAGUAACCUACAUCUCAGGAUAAAUGGACUAAGAAUCGACAAAGACUAUUCACUGUUGCAGGCAGAUCCGUUUUACAUUGGUAUAGCGGAAAAUCAGACGAAAAUCGAACAAGUGUGCCUGGCAGAAUACAUCGGGCCCAAAUUCCUGGCUUAUCAAAAACGGACUGGAUGCGCAAAAAAGGUAUUGUUUGACCCAAUCAAAGAUCAACAAGCCAAGUUCGUUUUUCAUUCAAAAUCCUGCAGCCAAAUGAUAACAUCCAUGAAAGAUCAGUGGAGAAAAAUUUGGUGCCGUGAUAAAUCGAAAAUCAAACCAGAAGAGAUCGUACAAAUAAAAACGGACAAUGAUCAUGCGUACUACUAUUGUUUUAUGCAAAACCGAACAGUGAAUGGUGAAUCAAUGCCUUGUGAGAACCAAAUAUAUCAAACUAAGAUAGGUAACAAUAUCACCAUCAAUCGACGAACCAUCUAUGUGAAAAAGUAUCAAUCGGAACAGUUGUUAGAUUUUGAUCCUAAUGUUACCGAAAAAUUGAAUGACCGAAUUUUCCAUGAGGACAAAGGAAAGAUUUUUGAAGAUUUAGAAUUCCUGGUGGAAAAAGAACACAAAUUGCUAUCGCAGAUCGUAAUAUCACAUAUAUCACAUGUUCGAUACUAUGCGAUCGGGGCAGCAAUCGCCAUUGUAAUAUUAACACUUGGUUAUAUCUGCUACCAACGUUACAAGUCUCUGAAGUUCAGAAACAAUCGCAGGCAAAACAUAGAAGGCCUAUUACAUCUGGCUAAGAUACCAAUGAACCAAUUUUAGACUAUAGUCUAAUUAUCGUGGAUCAUUCGAUAUGGCCGAAUAUGAUUGCCAACGAUCGAAUAAGGGAAUCCAAAACAAUUUUCCUGUCACAUAUGAUAUUAUCAGCUAAAAAUAUUUCAUUCUCAAUAAUGCUAAUUUCAAGUUUUUUAAAAUUGAACAAAAAUCAAAUUAUUAUUGAAUUAUAUUGAAUUUGUGAAUGGCAAAUCAUCAGAAAUUAAUUGAAAGAUAAUUUUAAAAAAGAUUACAACACCAACAUAGAAAAUGAACAUAAUCAAAAUGGAAAUGUUCAUCUAAACAUUCAAUAUUGUUGAAGGAAAUAUUCUGAUU